AUGGAGUAUUGUGAAAACGGGUCACUACUGAGUUACCUGCAAAAUCCCAGCAACUACUGCAAUGUUAAGGCAAACAGAGAGAAUCCCGAAGCCGUAAACGAGCUCCAAGUUUUGGUUGAUCUUGUGGUACAAGUAGCAGAAGGAAUGAAAUAUCUGGCAAGCCGAGAUAUUAUUCACAGGGAUCUUGCGGCGCGAAAUAUUCUCUUGGAUUCCAACCUUGUUGCCAAAAUAAGCGAUUUUGGCUUGGCGAGAGCAAGCAGCCAGUAUGUCCUGCAACGGCCCAAGGUGAAACUGCCAUUAGGCUGGAUGGCUCCGGAGACGUUAGUGCCAAUGGAAGGCCGAUACAGUGAUCGCAGUGAUGUCUGGUCUUUUGGUGUGGUAGUGUGGGAAUGCUUUACCUUUGGUCAACCACCGUAUUCUCAACAGUUUCCCCAAGGACUAAAUCAUGAACACUUGCAUCAGUUCCUCCUCGACGACAAUCGUCUGCAACUGCCGGCAAUUUGUCCACAAUGGCUAUCCAGUUUGGUACUCGACUGCUGGAUUACUGUCGCACUCAAUCGACCAUCGUUCAGUCAGAUCGUGUCGAGAAUGGACGCCAGCGUUGGUACAGCCAACAACGACCUUUAGGUGUUCCUUCCCCGACAGUUCAGAUUUAAGAAAUGGUGGAAACCUGUGGCAAUUGA